UUUUCGGAGUCGGAACGAGCGUACACGUUGACGUUGAAAUGAAAAUUUGCUGAACAAGCAUCGAUGGAAUUUCGCUUUGUGUACGUACAUAGUGGGGUUAUCAAUUCGAAUGUGUCACGCGUGCGCAUCAUCCUGCAGCUUUUACACGUAGGCAAGCUCGGCAGUAUUUACUUGCUCUGCAUGUGGCUGCUCUCCGCUGACAUAGGUUGUGAACUUGAACGUGCCAGUAUUGUCGACAAGUUGUACAGUAUAAUCGCGAUGCAUUUGUUUACGACCGCGUUUAAAUGCCCGUACGACGAUGGUGGUAGAUGUUUAAAGGGACGCACGUACGCGAUACGAGCAGAAGAAGGCACGCAUCAUUGUCGACGACGUAGCACGGAGUGAUGGUUCACGACGAAAAGUGCACGGAGAAAGAAGAAGAGCAGAAAAAAAGGAGCACGAGUAAACGCGCAUUUACGCGCGUCGGUGAUGGUAGUUGUAAUCGAUGACCAUCGCUCGCUGCCGCGGAUCAGUGUAUGAUCCACUCACCGAGUUCGAGUUGUUGUUGUGAUACACAUAUAUAUCGGCGGUGAAAGCGCCGACGACGACGACACAUUAUAUACAUUUACGUAGCCACGCGGACUUUCGUUUUCGUGUAUAUCAUUAUUAUGUACACACGCGCACACACAUGCUCGUGUCUUAAUGUGCGCGUCUUACACCGCCGCAUGCCAUGAGACUUUUGAAAGCGCCUGCCUCUGGCCUGCUCUACAGCAGUAGCAGCAGUCAGCGACGCUGCCAGAAACAGCUGGGAUCGCCGAGUAAUACUAGUAGUUGUAGCAGUAGUAGUAAUUGCGGCUGCGAGUACGCUACUACCGCGCAUACGACGACUUGCAGCAGCAGCAGCAGCAGCAGCAGCAGCAGCAGCAGUAGUAGUAGUUGACUGCUGCUACUGCUCGACUCGGUGUUGUGUGCCAGUGUGUAUAAGGUGUGCACGCGACAAAUCCUCGUAGAUACUUUAUAAGUUAUGCAGUCCAGUGCCGUUCGGAGUCGAUAGUCGCUCGUCGUGCGCGGUAUUUAACGCUUCAGGCACGAGCACAUUUUUUUGGAGCGCGAUCGAUCGUACACGUUAUUAAGCAGCAGCUGUGCAAACGACAACAACGAUCGCGUAUAAACAAACCCGACUGGAAGAUUUAUCGCGGGGGACGAGUGCGAGUGUCAUCAUCACCCAGUGCCACGUUCGUUUGCCCUCCCAAAAAGCUCCACACAGUCCGUGUAGAGUAGCCGGAUGACAUUGACGCGAAAUCGUCGUCAACUCGCUGUCGCUAUCUCAACAACUGCAACAACAACAACAACAACAUGACCAGCAACGGUCUCAGCUUCGUGCCACCUGCCAAACGACCCGCCACUGCGAUGUGCGCGAACGUGUCGUUCCAGGCGCACCACGUGUCACGUCAGAAGCGCGGCGAGACGCUGGGCAACGGUCGCGGCUUUCGCGGCUGCACCGUCUGGCUGACCGGGCUCUCCGGGGCCGGCAAGACCAGCAUCGCCUUCCAGCUGGAGGCCUUCCUCGUGGACAACGGCAUACCGGCCUACGGCCUCGACGGCGACAACGUGCGCACCGGCCUGAACAACAAUCUCGGCUUCUCGCCCGAGGACAGGCGCGAGAACAUCCGUAGAGUGGCGGAGGUCGCCAAGCUGUUCGCCGACAGCGGCCAGAUCUGCCUGUGCAGCUUCGUCUCGCCCUUCGAGGAGGAUCGAGCGAUGGCCCGACAGAUACACAAGGACUUCGAUCUGCCGUUCUUCGAGAUAUUCGUCGACACGCCGCUGGACGUCUGCGAGGCGAGAGAUGUCAAAGGUCUGUACAAAAAGGCGCGCCAGGGCUCGAUCAAGGGCUUCACGGGCAUCGACCAGAUGUACGAGCGGCCCUCGAAUCCGGACCUCGUCGUCACCACGGAGAACUGCUCGCUGCUCGAGUCGGCCCAGCGCGUCGUCAAGUUUCUCCAGGACAAGCGCGUCAUACCGCAGGACGUGACGCCGAGCGACGGCCGCGUGCCCGAGCUCUUCGUGCCCGCCUCGAGGCUGGCGGAGGUGCGCGCCGAGGCCGAGAAGCAGCUGCCCGGUCUCGAGCUCACGGACUACGACGCCCAGUGGCUUCAGGUGCUGUCCGAGGGUUGGGCCGCCCCGCUGCAAGGCUUCAUGCGCGAGGAUCAGUACCUGCAGGUGCAGCAUCUCAAGUGCCUCGUGUACGACGGCAAGGAGGUCAAUCAGUCGGUGCCGAUCGUGCUGCCCGUGAGCGACAAGGACAAGGAUCGCCUCGAGGCCGCCUCGGCGGACGUGGCGCUGCUGCAUCGUGGCCGCGCGGUGGCGGUGCUGCGCUCGCCCGAGUUCUAUCGUCAUCGUCGGGAGGAACGCUGCGCCUGGCAGUUCGGCACCACUAAUCGGGGCCACCCGAGCGUCGAUCGCGUCAUGGCCUCGGGCGAGUGGCUGCUCGGCGGCGAGAUCGAGGCCCUGGAGCGCGUCAGGUGGCACGACGAGCUCGACGCCUACCGACUCACGCCCAACGAGAUCAGGUCGCGCUGCCGCGAGAUGCGGGCCGACGCCGUGUUCGCCUUCCAGCUGCGCAAUCCCAUACACAACGGCCACGCGCUCCUCAUGCAGGACACGAGGAAGCGACUGCUCGAGCGCGGCUACAAGAAUCCGGUGCUGCUGCUGCAUCCGCUGGGCGGCUGGACCAAGGACGACGACGUGCCCCUGCUGACGCGCAUGCAGCAGCACAGGGCCGUCCUCGACGAGGGCGUGCUGGACAAGGACUCGACCCUGCUGGCCAUCUUUCCCAGUCCGAUGAUGUACGCCGGCCCCGUGGAGGUGCAGUGGCACGCCAAGGCGCGCAUGAACGCCGGCGCCAAUUUCUACAUCGUCGGUCGCGAUCCGGCGGGCAUACCCCAUCCGGACAAGUCGGCCACGCCCGACGGCAACCUGUACGAUCCGACCCACGGCGCCCGAGUGCUGUCGAUGGCCCGUGGACUCGAGAGCCUCGAGAUCAUACCGUUCAAGGUCGCCGCUUACGACACGGCCAACAAGCGCAUGUCCUUCUUCGACCCGAGCCGCAAGCAGGACUUCGACUUCAUAUCCGGCACCAGAAUGCGAAAUUUGGCGAAAACCGGACAACUGCCACCGGACGGAUUCAUGGCGCCGGCCGCGUGGAAGGUACUCGCCGAGUAUUAUCAAGGGACUCAAAAGCAAUGAUCCGGAAGUAUUUUUAUAAUAUUGUCGAUAUUUUUAUACAGAAUUUAAACACAAUGUACUUUUUUGCAAAGUAAAUCGAUUUACGCGCGACGACGGCUGCUCUCUCGCCGCCGCGUACACGCGAAGCAAUUUUUUAAAAAGCGACGAUUCAAUCGUCGUCUCUCUUUUUUCCAUUGAUGUCGAGUCAAGAGCUAGACGGAUUUUUUUACAUAUUACUAUUGUAAAUCGCACAUAUUUUCGCUUCUCGCUAUCUUCAGCUAUAUGUCGUAGCCUCAAGUUGAUUAUAAAACGAAGUUGGUAGAGUAUAUUAAAAGAAAAAAAAAUGGUAUUUACAUUAAAUUGUACCGAGUUAAGUAAAAUGCAUAUAUUUUAUAUACAUUUAAAUGUUUAAGACUUUUGUUAUAAUAUAAUUUAUCACUGUUUGUAAAGUUGAACGUAUCAAGAGAUAAAAAAAAUUAUAUUAUAUAUUCAUUUAUGUAAUUUUAAUUAAUAAAAAUCAAAUGUAAUAACAUACUGCUAAUAUACGUCAUUAAACUGUACAUAUUGUACAUCCAAAUUUUAUUGUAAAAAUUAUGAUGUUUAUUGUUCAAAUACAUUUAAAAAUUUGAAUCAACUAUUCACCAAA